ACUCUCUUUGCCGGCCGGGACAGCGCUCCGGCCAUGCGCGCUCUGGGGGGCUCCGGCCUGCAGGCGCUGCUCUCAGUAGCAUGGUUGAUUUCAUGGUGUUACGUCCUAGCUGGGCCCCCAGGAGAGAAGAUGACUGCUGCUGCAGGAUCCUGCAUUGUGCUCCCUGGACUGGAUCAGUUGCAGGGUGUUGGCCUCAUCCAAUGGAAAUUUUCUGAGCAGUACCUUGUGACUUAUCAUGUCAAUAACUCCAGUCUUCCUGACAUUGUGGACCAAGACAGAUUUCUUUUCCAGAAGUCAAAUGGAUCUCUCCAGAUCUGUGGAUUAAAAGUGAAUGACAGUGGGAUCUAUACCCUAAUAAUAAACAUGAAGAAGCAAAAUGACAGAUCCAUCCAACUAGAAGUUGUUGAGCCCGUGUCCCAGCCGGAACUCUGGAUCAACUUGUCCUUGAUCGGCCUUACCACUGAGCUGGUGUGCAACACCUCAGUUGAGAAAGUGGCUAAAUAUCAGUGGAAGAAGGAUGGGAAGCCCCUCCCUAUAGAAAGCCAUUACCAGCUCUCUCAGAAUAACAGUGUGUUACUUAUAUUAAACACCACCUGGUCUGACAAAGGCUCCUAUAGUUGUAAUGUCAGCAAUGAGGUCAGCUGGCAUGAAAUUUCCCUGGAGCUGUCCAUUCAACGCCUGUGUCUGGUCAGGCCUGUGCUGCUGCUGCAAGUCCAGCCUACUCCAAGACUGCAGAAUUCCCAGCGAGCAGAGAUUCUCAUUGAGCUUCUCUUUGAUACAUCUGUCUGA